GAGAAGGCACCAUCCAGUAUCUCUUCCUAGAGUACUGCAGCGGGGGAGAACUCUUUGACCGAAUUGAUCUAAGGGAUCACUUGAGGCUUGUUUAGAAGAAGUCUAUUUUAAGUGAUACACUGAUUUUCCUUUAGACCUUGUCCAGAGUGGCUCAUAAUAAACAUCAGACAACAAAAUGCUGCAUCUUGAAAUUAAACCACCUGUUGAAAUUUCAUUUGGGCAGCAGCUUGUGCCUGCCAAGGCAUCUAAGGAGAUUAAAUGCUGGUUUGCAGAACAUGACGGCUUAUCAAGACCUAUCCUUAGCUUGGGUGGCUGUGAUUGCCAUCCUGAAUAUUUGGCCUUUGUUUGGGGUGAUUGUACAUCCUGCAAAACAUCAUGAAUUGAUCAAGGCUGAUCCACACUUAACCCAAGUAAUAAGCAGUGGCCAUGCAUACCUUAUCCACACCUGAUGGAUAAACAUGGUUUAAUUAAUACUUGAUAAUUACUGUGAAGUGUAAAGCAAAUCCAACCGUUGCUGCACUGUAGUUGAGCUCUUUAUAAAGAAUUGCAUUGCUGAUGUGUGGGGCCUGGGAUUCUGUGUGUGUGUGCGCGUUUUCGUUUCAAACUUAUCCCUGAGCUAUACAGAUGGAAUAAUUUAGACAUUUAUUUAAAACUGCAUUUAGGUUGUUGGUGUUUCCCAAAAAUCAGGGGCAAGCUGUGCUUUACAGCUGUGCUUUACUUCUGUUCUUGUAAUUGAAUGGUGCUGUGUCAAAUGGUUCGAACAUAAAUGCACAAAAGUGUGUGAAAAGCUUUGGUUCUGCAGUAGUAUGUGUAUAAAGAUGCAUACAUUGCAUGGUCUCUUUUGGUGUUAUUGCAGAAACUGUUAAAAUGUAGCAGUUGUUUAUAAAAGGAAUUACAGCAACUUGGUUUUGACAGUUCCAAUUUCCAGCUUAACCUGGGAGUGUACUAAUGCAAAGCACACUAUUUUCGUAAGUUGGCCAUAGCUUAUAAAAUGACACAGCCUGACACCCCAAGAGGAAUGCAUUAUUGUCUUACCAAGUGAUCUAUAUACACAGAAGGAUGUGGUUUGUGGGCUUGGCUGUCACAUUAUUUCAGAGACAUGUAAAUGCAUCCAAAGCUAAGCACCUUGAGAGUAACCUAAAAUCAUUUUAUAAACUUCUAAAGAAUCCAUGUGUGUUCAAAUUAGAAUGCCUCUUGCUCUUGUAAUUAUUACUAUGAGGCAUACUCUCCCAACUGCCAGUGAUAUCUUUUGCAGUAAACAUUUCAGGACAAAUAGCCAGAAUGUUCUAGCAGGGAAAAAAAGUUUCUAACGAAGACUAUCUGUCCUGUUAAUUUCUGCAUAAUGAAAUGGUGUCUUCCACCAGAACCUGAUAUAGGGAUGCCUGAAUCAGAAGCCCAGAAAUUCUUCCACCAGCUUAUAGCUGGUGUGGUCUACCUCCACAGUAUAGGAGUAACACACCGGGAUAUUAAACCAGAGAAUCUUCUGUUAGAUGAGAGAGAUAACCUCAAAAUCUCUGAUUUUGGGCUAGCAACUGUGUUUAAAUACAAUGGCCGUGAGCGACUGCUGAACAAAAUAUGUGGCACACUCCCAUAUGUUGCCCCCGAAGUCUUGAAAAGAAAAGAAUUCCAUGCUGAGCCUGUUGAUGUUUGGUCAUGUGGAAUAGUGCUCACUGCAAUGCUGGCAGGAGAAUUGCCUUGGGAUCAGCCUAGUGACACUUGUCAAGAAUACUGUGAUUGGAAAGAUAAGAAAAUGUAUCUUUCACCAUGGAAGAAGAUUGAGUCAUUGCCACUGGCUUUACUUCUCAAAAUACUAACCGAGAACCCUGCAUCAAGACCUACCAUUGCAGAAAUAAAAAAGGACAGGUGGUACAACAAACCUUUAAAGAAAGGCAUAAAGCGUCCUCGGGUCUCCUCAGGGGGACCCACCGAUUCUCCUGGAGGAUUUUCUAAGCACAUUCGAUCAGAUAUGGACUUCUCUCCAGUUAAAAGUACACACAGCGAGGAUAAAAAGACCUGUUCCUAUUCCCAGCCUGAACCAGGCACCAGUCUUUCCUUGUGGGACAGCAGUCCAGCCGGGAUUGAUAACCUAGUGCAGGGAAUCAGCUUCUCCCAGCCAGCCUGCCCUGAGCACAUGCUGCUAAACAGCCAGUUACUGGGAACACCAAGUUCUUCACAGAGCCCAUGGCAGCGCAUGGUGAAGAGAAUGACCCGUUUCUUUCUGAAGUUGGAUGCUAACCAGUCCUACAAUGUCUUGAAGGAGGUCUGUGAAAAGAUGGGCUACAUCUGGAAGAAAAGUUGCAUAAACCAGAUCACCAUAUCAACCACAGAUAGAAGAAACAAUAAACUGAUUUUCAAAGCAAACCUGAUGGAAAUGGAUGACAAAAUUCUUGUGGACUUCCGUUUGUCUAAGGGAGAUGGUUUGGAGUUCAAGAGACAUUUCCUAAAGAUCAAGGGGAAACUGACUGAUGUUGUCAGUGCACAGAAGUUAUGGCUUCCAGUCACAUGAUCGCAUUGUGGUUUAAAGUGCGUUCAUUUUGAUUCAAGAGUUUUUGCCUAGGAGACAGUUAAGCCUGCCAUGUGCUUCACUUGAGACUUUCAGUAGGAAACUCGUGUUUUUCUGGUGACAAGUUUACAAAUAAUGUCCAUAUGACAACAGGUAAUGGCUAUUGUGAAAGUGCAGCUCUGUUAGGGUAUCUCUUGAUCCAAUGGGGGUCAUGAGAAUUGCCAGUGGGUUGCCUUUGUUUGGGUUCUUGGACUGAAUUCUUUCUGCAAGGAAUGCAAUAUUUUUGUAAGCCAAAAGCACAUUUUCCUUCUUUUUCCAAACUACACGCUGAACUUGGUAGGGCAGAGGGAGAGAAAGCUGCUUGUUUUUAAAGGAUAACAAAAGUUAUCCCUGCUUGCUCUGCUAACACGUAUUUUUUUUAAAAAAAAUCUUAAGCAACAGUUCAUUUUGUGUAACUGUGACUUGAGCCAGUACAAUAGUCAGAUUUCAAACUGAGGAUCUUCCACUUUGUCUAGUUUAUAAAUAAGUCCUUAAAUGAGGUGAUACAUUUCUAGUGCUUUGCCUUGGAUUUUUAAAGAAAAUGCAGAACACGAGACUCAAGUUGAUUCUUCCCAUUCUAAAUAAGGUGCUCAGCUUUUUCAGGGUCUAGCUCUUUUCCCCUCCCCUCUGACCAGACUUUGUUGAGCCUCUGAAAUUAACAUGAAGUGGUGAGAAGGAUUAACAUUUCCUCACAUUUCACCACCUCCUUUCCUGAGAGGUUCUAGACAUUUCGCUGUCAUGUUAACUGUGUUGAUCUCUUUGAACCACGUAUCCAACUGAUCAUACUUAAAGGUACCAUUGUGGAUACAGAGAAGUAUAGGGAGACAAGAUACAAGCUUUGUUUCUGAGUGUGUUUCUGACUGAUUAUAUUUAAAUCUGUAAAACUGGGACAUUUUAAGUCUAAGAAAACAAAACCAUGUACAAAAUAAAGUGUCUUCUUAAACUGAAA